AGCAAGAGGCAGCGUUUGGGUCAUCUUCUCCAGGAGCCACUUCGAGCACCAGCAAAAUGAAGGUCUCCUCCUUCUCCGUUUUAUUCGCCAUGGCACUGUUGUCAGAGUGCUACAUCAACUCGGCGGCGAUGCCUGCAACCAAGACAGAAGACGCCAGCUCAGAGCAGGACGUCCUCAGUCCGUUCCUGAGUGACGAGGUGGCCGAAAAUGCCUUCAGCCCUGCAAAGGCGAGCAACCAUGCCAACAGAGGAGGGAACUCAAAGAUCAUCAUUGUCGCAGACGCUGGCAUUUGGAAGAGCAACAGAGCCCUGGGCCGAGGUCUGUCUCUCUACAAGCUCCAAGACCUGGAGGCUGUGCUGCCGCCAGAGAACGUCCUGACCAUGGAAAGCAGGGAGCCAGACCAAGACCCCAGCUCCAGCAUCAGCAUCGCCAGGAGAGACACUAUGAGAUGCAUGGUGGGAAGGGUGUACCGACCCUGCUGGGAAGUGUAGGAAAUCAGAAGAAACCGCCAACCAGCCUUGUUUCUGGGUUACCACCUUAAGCCUUUGUCUGCCAAGCUCAGUUUGUGUAAUCUUGUAAGUUAUCUGACAUA